AUGCAGACUAUGGUCGGCGACUCUAAAAAACAACAGAAGGGGAAGGAAGUGAUACAGGAGGUUACAAAGGAGAAAGGUAAGUAUGUGCAACAGGAAGUAAAGAGAAAUCCAAAAGUCAAGUUUGUCAUUCCAAAACCCAUUCCUAAAUGGAAACCUAAGCCGGCGACUGAUUCAGGCUCAGCUAAUGAUAAGAUGAAUGAAUCUACAUCUGGUCUCCUCACAUCCACUGAAAAGGCCUUAAUCCCGAUUGAUGUUGAUGGGCAGCCUCCAAAAGAGAAAGAGACAACUGCGGCAAAUGAAAAAUCUCAUGAUCAGGGAUUGCAACUGGAUAGUUCAGAAGAUGAAGCAGAGGAAAUUUUCUUUGAAUUUGUGAUCCCUGAUAAUACUGAAGAGACUGAUAUUCCGAAGGGUCUUACAUUGGCGGAUGAUUACUACAUUGGUAUCAGUUCGGAAUCGGAUGAUGAGGAUGGGAAUUUUCGAAGCCACUGGUCUAAAGGAGAAAAAGAGGAAGCUGAAUUACAUGACUCUGAACGAUUUACAGUUGUAAAGAAGAAGAAGGGACGAAAAACGAAAGCUGAGAAAAUGAAAAUGCUGAUCGGCCAAGUGCAAAGAACAUCAGCUCGGUUCCAGUAA